GGCGGGGAAAGUUUGCAGGGAGCCAGUCACGGCAGCGGCCGGACCGGGCCAAUCAGCGCCGCGCGGGCCCCUCUUGUACUGCGGUGCGCCCUGCUGGUCGCUGCGCUUCUCGGAGAGGUGGCCUCUUUUCGUGGCUGGUGCCGCUGCGCUGCCUCGGGCGGCUGUGGAGUGGCGAAAGCGACUGGGAGCUUUGCAAGCCGGCUGGGAAUGCGCGCCAGGGACAGGCAGUAGAGCCGCGGUGGGAUGGCCGGCGGUGGAACAGCUUUGCGCCUUUGCGCGCUACUCUCGCUUGCUGUUCUGCUGGGCGUCCGGGCAGAGUCCACUUGCCAGCGCGUCCGCGCCGCCUUUCAAGCGGUCCAGCCCGGUGUGAAGUGGAUACCGGAGAGUCCAGGCGCAGGACAUGACUUGCAAGUAUGUGUGCCAAAAGUUCCAACAUGCUGCUCCAGAAAAAUGGAAGAGAAAUACCAAGCUAUGGCCCGUUCCAAUAUGGAACAGCUUCUCCAGUCUGCCAGCAUGGAGCUGAAAUUCCUCAUCAUACAGAAUGCAGCGGUCUUCCAAGAAGCCUUUGAGAUGGUUGUACGACAUGCAAGAAACUACACCAAUACCAUGUUCAGAAACUCUUACCACAACAUGGCUGCCAAGGCUUUUAAAUUUGUGGGAGAAUUUUUUACUGACAUCUCUCUGUACAUCUUGGGCUCAGACAUUAAUGUCAAUGACAUGAUAAACGAGUUCUUUGAUAGCUUGUUCCCUUUAGUCUACCCACACCUAAUUAACCCGGGCUUCCCCAAUCCUUCACUGGAAACGACUGAGUGCCUCCGGCUAGCAAGGCGAGACCUGAAGGUAUUUGGAAAUUUCCCCAAGGUCAUGAUGACACAAGUGUCAAAGUCUCUGCAAGUGACGCGAGUCUUCCUUCAGGCACUCAACCUUGGUAUAGAGGUGGUCAACACCACCGACCAUUUGAAAUUCAGCAAGGACUGUGGGCGGGCUCUUUUGAAAAUGUGGUACUGCUCCCACUGCCAGGACCUCAUGAUGGCCAAGCCAUGUGCUGGAUUCUGCAAUGUUGUCUUGCAAGGGUGCCUUGCCAGUGUGGUAGAGAUAGACAGUUACUGGCGGGAAUACCUCCGAUCUUUGGAAGGACUGGCAAAAGGCAUGCGGGGCAUCUAUGACAUGGAACACGUGCUUCUCAACCUCUUCUCCUUGAUACGGGACUCAAUUAUGUACAUGCAGAAGAAUGCAGAGAAGCUGGCUGUAACGAUUGGCAAGUUGUGCGGACAUUCCCAGCAGAGACAGUACAGGUCAGCUUGGUAUCCAGAGGAUCUUUUCAUUGACAAGAAAGUAAUGAGAGCUGCCCAUGUGGAUCACGAAGAAACCUUAUCCAGCAAAAGGAGGGAACUCAUCACAAAACUAAGAAUGCACAGCAGUUUUUAUAGCAAUCUGCCAGAGUAUAUCUGUAGUCACAGCUCCAUAGUGCAAAACAACACCCUUUGCUGGAAUGGUCAAGAAAUUGUAGAAAGGUUCAGCCGCCAGGCAGUAAGGAAUGGAGCAAAAUCCCAGCUGAACAACCAUGAAGCCAAGGUGAAAGGACCAGAGCCCAUGAUUAGCCAGAUCAUUGACAAACUGAAACACAUCAACCAGUUGUUAAAAGGAAUGGCCAUCUCUCGCUGGAAAAGUCUGGAUAAGCCAGAAAACGAGGAUGAGGAAGGAAGUGGUGACUGCGACGAUGAGGACGAUUGUGGUGGGGACAGUUCUGGAAACGGCGGGCUAAGAGUGAAGAAUCAGCUGAGGUUCCUGGCAGAACUGGCAUAUGAUCUGGACACAGAUGACAUUCCUUCGAACAAACAGCUUUUGAAUCAGCAAAGCAAAGGGGUUUCAGCGACUCGCAACUUUGGAUCACUUAAUGCGGUGCCGAAUCUUAAUCUUUCAGCUGCUGUCUUAACAGCACUCUUUCUCAUUUUCAUCAAGUGACUUCUAAAGACAAUUUAAAAGCCAGAAUAAUUCACAGACCAGCUUUAAUCCAUGAAGUUUUAUCUUGAAACAAAUUCCCACAAAUUUUCUUCUUCCUCCGAGGCAUGUGGAAUGAGCAUCCUCAAACAAGUUCAUUUUUUAUAAAAUAAAAUAGACUGGUAUCUUUAAAAAUAACAAUGAUUAACAGGGAGGGACUAAUUUUAAACUUGGUAAACAAGGUGCAGCUCUCUUUCAUUUUGAAGAAAUCCUGUUUAAUUAAGAGAGUGUUAAUCCCAAAUUUGCAUCCUAAACAAGUUUGUGAAGACAAAACUCCUCCCCCCCAACCCUGCUUAACACAUACUGCAUCUUGGGUUCAUUGGCAAGGGCAAAGAUGAAGGUGAAACAGGAUUUGAACAUCAGUAUCUAACUUUGGGGAUAUCAGCAGUAACCCUGCCAAUGCUGAGAUUAACUGGGCAUUUUUCCCUGGAAGUCUGCACUGGCCGUAUGGACAGUAGAGCCAUUCCCAAGUAACAGUGACCCACUCUGGGGAUUAAAUGUGGUUUUUAUUUGUAUUUUUUGCUCCUAGGGCUGGACCCUGGCACAGUGUAAUCAUUAUGUGUAGAAAACCUGGCAGUGAGUGAUGUGGUUACCUGCAAUAAGAAACUUAUGACUGGAUGAUGGUUAUUUAUAAACUACAUAUAUGAAAAGUUGGGUUCAGGGAUGCUGCUGUCCAUUUGUAAUCCUCCCCAGAGAGCCACUGAGUUGUAGAAUUCCCACAGUUCCUGGAACAGGUGGGUACAGUCCAUCAAAAGUGGGUGGGGCAAAUGGCUAAACUGCUGGGCCUUUUUAGGCUGACAUGAGGGGGAGAUGGAAGAUGAGUUAUUUCAGAAUGGCUAUUAGAGCUUCAGGAAGAUGUUCCAGAGAUUGAGGACAGCAAGCAUGUUGCUUUUAAUAAAUCUUGGGUUUUUUUUUUAAACAA